AUGCCUCCACCGUUACUCUCGAGAACACUUGACCCCAUCCUUGGGGUCUUUACUGGAGUAUUCGCCUACUACCUCUACGAGAGACACCCACGCACGGCUCUUCCAGAAGAGCUCAGACUCACGUCACUCUUGAGAUGGAAGCGGGAGAAGUGGCAGCAGGAGCGAGAGCGCAAAUUGCAGGCAACAGAGGACCCAAUCGACUGGCAGGUAAUUGCAGCCAGUGUUGAGGCAGAGAGCGACAAGCCGGCCUCAAAGUGA